GCCAGCCUGUUGUUGUUUUUGCUCGGGGCGUUGAAACGAAUUUCCCCGCUGUAUAUAGCGUUAAACAAUAGCAAAGCAAUCGCGAGUGCUGCAAUAAUUUACAUCAUUUACAUUUACAUAACGCGCGCGGCGGGCCCUAAAAAAGAUGUAAACCAACGAAAAGCGCGUGCGAAAACGUAUGGCGAAAAAUCGGGCAGCUCCUGAAAAAGGGGAAAAAACUUCGAAUUGGCGACAACACACAGCGUACAAAAUCCAUAAAUGGCAUAAAUAAAGGCCACUGCAUUCAAUUUGUUCCUAUUUAAGUGCUUAUUAAUUAAUUAAUUCAUUUACUUGCCUAUUUGAGCUGCAAUCAAGUACCCACCGAUACCGAUCGAACUUUUGGCGGCGAGGAGGAGAACAAAGCUUUCCGGGGUCUUGGCCAUGUCAUGUGGCGAGAAUUGCGACAGCUGCCACCACCGACGACGUCGUUAAUCCAACUCGGCGCCUGCAUUAGUCAUAGGAGGGAUGAGGAUGACAGCCGGCCCAAGGGAACGGCGCCAGCAGAACGAACCAGAGACCGAGCCAGAACCAAAAGCCAACCCAGAAGCGGAAGCAAAGCAGCCCCAAGGCAAGCAGUUAGUUAAUUAAUACAGCAGUCAGCGAAGGAAUCCCGGGGAGCGCGAAAGAUGUUCAAGAUUAGGCAGCGGAACUGCAUGCUGAUUGUGACGGCCCUGGUGCUGGCGCCCUGCAUAGUGAUCCUGAUGGUGAUGGGACCCGAGCUAUCCACAGAACAGUCGCUAACACAGCGCCUGGCCGAGUGCCAUAUGCGGUUGCAGUACCUGGAGUCCAUGUACCGCGCUCGCCAAGAGGAUGUGGCGCUGCUUUCCCAGUACCUGGGCCAGUUGCAGAGCGUCAAUGUGACGGGAGCUAGUGCUCCGCCGCCGCCUCUGCCUGUGGUCAAUCUGCUGGACGGACUGAGUCCCGAGGCCAGGCAGCUGCUGCGAAAUGCCUCGCAUUUCAGCAAAGGUGGCGGUGGCAAUGGUUCGAUGGCCAGGAGCCAGAACAUCAGACUACCGAAUGCCUAUCACUUUCUGCCGCAUCUCCUGGACGAUGCGGGUUCCCUGCGACCAGCCUACUUGCAGAGCAAGGGCCGCUCCGAUGUCAGCAUUGUUCUGGGUGUGCCCACCGUGCGGAGGGAGAAGCAAUCGUAUCUGCUCGGAACCCUCCACAAUCUCAUCGAGAACAUGAACGACGAGGAGCAAAACGAAACGCUGAUCAUUGUCUAUAUCGGGGAAACAGAUCUGGAUUCCGUGCAACUGAUUGCCCGGCAAAUUGAGACGAGUUUUGAGCAGUACGUGGACAGUGGACUGAUUGAUAUAAUAGCACCUGCUCCCAGCUACUAUCCCAAUUUCGAAAGACUUCGCAUCACCCUGAACGAUCCCUUGGAGCGCGUUAAAUGGCGCAGCAAGCAGAACUUGGACUUUGCCUACCUGAUGGCCUAUGCCCAUUCGAAGGGCACCUUUUACGUUCAGCUGGAGGAUGAUAUACUGACCAAGCGGCAGUUUAUCACCACAAUGAAGAAAUUCGCCUUGAUCAAGAGCGCCCUAACGAAACCCGAUCAGCCGGCCUGGUUUGUGUUGGACUUUUGUCAGCUUGGCUUUAUUGGCAAGAUGUUCAAGAGUGCUGAGCUGCCAUACCUGAUCACCUAUUUCCAAAUGUUCUACAAUGACAAGCCCGUUGACUGGUUACUGACCUAUUUUAUUGAGUCCAAGGUGUGUCGAACGGACAAGGAUCAGAAGCAUUGCAAUGCGGAAAAGGCCAAGUACUGGCAGCACUUUCGAAAGUCCCUAUUCCAGCACAUUGGCACAAGUUCGUCGCUGAGGGGAAAGGUUCAAAAGCUAAAGGACAAGCAGUUUGGCAGCAAGGUGCCGCAGUAUUAUGCCCAUACACAUAAUCCGCCGGCCGUGGUUAAGUCCAACAUUGCUCCCUAUAAGAACUAUCUGCUGAAACGAGCGUAUAGAGGAGAGUCCUACUUCUGGGGCUUGCUACCGCAGCCCGGGGAUUUGGUGCAGAUUGUAUUCGAGCGUCCCACGCAGCUGAGGCACUACCUUUUCCGCAGUGGUAACUCGGAGCAUCCUUCGGAUAGGUUCUACAACACCACAGUGGAGCUGCUGCCAGCGGAUACGCUGAGCGAGAACUCCUCUGUUUGGAGCAACUACAACACCACCACGGAUGGCUAUCUGGUAGUGGGUUCGUUUGACAGCUUAGGCGUGGCCGAGGGUCUGUUGGAUGCCAAGAUCGGUGCCAUUAAGGAGCUGCGCCUCCACGUGCACAGUGACAGCGAGAAUUGGGCCCUGCUUAGCGAGAUCGAACUUCAGGAGUGGAGCAGCGAUCCCAAAUCGGAGGCGAAUGCAGCGAAGCCACGGUUUGUGGCGGGAAGCUGAUUGCUACAUCGCCACCGCCAGCGACAGGACUGGGAGGAAUAGGAAUAUAUAUAGGAAUAUCCCUUCAAUAUUCUCCAGUUAAUGUCCAAUUUACUCCUCAUCCACAAUUUGUCUAUAUCUGUUGGGAUCGAGUCGAUUUCGUUGAGAAAAAGUCGUGGGAGCAAAAAGUUACCUUGAAGUAAUUGCCUGAGAAACUUUUCAGAAUAUUCAACCGAAUUG